CCGCUGGGAAGCAGCUGCAGCAGCAGGAGCGGAGCGGGAGCCGGAGCCGCGCAGCCGCCGCCGCCGCCGCCGCCGCCGCCGCCGGGGGAUGUGGCCGGUGCCUGUCCCGAGCCGCGCCGUCUCCUGAGUGCCCGCCGCCGCCGCCAAGCCGCCAAGUCGUGCGGGGCCAGGCCGCGCCCUCCCCGGGCGCCCGCCGGCUCGCAUGCCGAGGGGCUCCGGGACGUAGCUGCGCCCGGCGCCGCCUCCGGGCUCCCCCGACCCCGCCAUGGGCUGCUGCAGCUCCGCCUCCUCCGCCGCGCAGAGCUCCAAACGAGAAUGGAAGCCGCUGGAGGACCGUAGCUGCACGGACUUACCAUGGCUACUACUUUUUAUUCUCUUCUGCAUUGGGAUGGGAUUUAUUUGUGGCUUUUCAGUAGCAACAGGUGCAGCAGCAAGACUAGUGUCAGGAUACGACAGCUAUGGAAAUAUCUGUGGGCAGAAAAAUGCAAAGUUGGAAGCAAUACCAAACAGUGGCAUGGACCACACGCAGCGGAAGUAUGUAUUCUUUUUGGAUCCAUGCAACCUGGACUUGAUAAAUCGGAAGAUCAAGUCUGUAGCACUGUGUGUAGCAGCAUGUCCAACACAGGAACUGAAAACCUUGAGUGAUGUUCAGAAGUUUGCAGAGAUCAAUGGCUCAGCUCUAUGUAGCUAUAACCUGAAGCCUUCUGAAUAUACUACAUCUUCAAAAUCUUCUGUUCUUUGCCCCAAACUACCAGUACCAGCGAGUGCACCUAUUCCAUUGUUCCAUCGCUGUGCUCCUGUGAACAUUUCCUGCUAUGCCAAGUUUGCAGAGGCCCUGAUCACCUUUGUCAGUGACAAUAGUGUCUUACACAGGCUGAUUAGUGGAGUAAUGACCAGCAAAGAAAUUAUAUUGGGACUUUGCUUGUUAUCACUAGUUCUCUCCAUGAUUUUGAUGGUGAUAAUCAGGUAUAUAUCAAGAGUACUUGUAUGGAUCUUAACUAUUCUGGUCAUACUGGGUUCCCUUGGUGGCACAGGUGUCCUGUGGUGGCUGUACGCAAAGCAAAGAAUGUCUCCGAAGGAAACAGUCAUUCCUGAGCAGCUGCAGAUUGCUGAAGACAAUCUUCGGGCACUCCUCGUCUAUGCCAUUUCAGCCACGGUGUUCACAGUUAUCUUGUUCCUGAUAAUGUUGGUUAUGCGCAAACGUGUGGCUCUCACCAUUGCCUUGUUCCACGUGGCUGGCAAGGUCUUCAUUCACUUGCCCUUGCUGGUCUUCCAACCCUUUUGGACUUUCUUUGCUCUUGUCUUGUUUUGGGUGUACUGGAUCAUGACACUUCUUUUUCUUGGCACUGCUGGCAGUGCUGUUCAGAAUGAUCAAGGCUUUGUGGAGUACAAAAUUUCUGGGCCUCUGCAGUACAUGUGGUGGUACCAUGUGGUAGGCCUGAUUUGGAUCAGUGAAUUUAUUCUGGCAUGUCAGCAGAUGACUGUGGCAGGAGCUGUGGUAACAUAUUAUUUUACUAGAGAUAAAAGGAAUUUGCCAUUUACACCUAUCUUGGCAUCGGUGAAUCGCCUUAUCCGUUAUCACCUUGGUACUGUGGCAAAAGGAUCUUUCAUUAUCACACUAGUGAAAAUUCCACGGAUGAUCCUUAUGUACAUUCACAGUCAGCUCAAAGGAAAGGAAAAUGCUUGUGCACGAUGUGUGCUGAAGUCUUGCAUUUGCUGCCUUUGGUGUCUUGAAAAGUGCCUAAAUUAUUUAAAUCAGAAUGCAUACACAGCCACAGCUAUCAACAGCACCAACUUCUGCACCUCAGCAAAGGAUGCCUUUGUCAUCCUGGUGGAGAAUGCCCUGCGAGUGGCUGCCAUCAACACAGUGGGAGACUUCAUGUUAUUCCUGGGCAAGGUGCUGAUAGUGUGCAGCACAGGCUUGGCUGGGAUUAUGCUACUCAACUACCAGCAGGACUACACAGUGUGGGUGCUGCCUCUCAUCAUCGUCUGCCUCUUUGCUUUCCUAGUCGCUCAUUGCUUCCUGUCCAUUUACGAAAUGGUAGUGGACGUUUUAUUCUUGUGUUUUGCCAUUGAUACAAAAUACAAUGAUGGGAGCCCUGGCAGAGAAUUCUAUAUGGAUAAAGUGCUGAUGGAGUUUGUGGAAAACAGUAGGAAAGCAAUGAAAGAAGCUGGGAAGGGAGGCGUUGCUGAUGCCAGAGAGCUUAAGCCGAUGGCUUCGGGAGCAAGUUCUGCUUGAACCUAGCCGACGGUUAUGGAACCCAUUGACAUUCCAAAACAAUAUAUACACAUAACUAUGUAUUUGUGUGUGUGGGUGUGUGUAUAUAUGUAUAUGUAUGUGUGUAAAUAUAUGUAUAUGUAUAUACACACACACACAUAAUCAGCCAAAAUCAGAGAAAAGGAACAGGGAUUUAAUACCUUUUUUAUGCUUAUUUUUGUCAAACAUGUACUCCUUUCAUACGGGUGGCUUUUACAAGGCAACUUCCGUCAUUUAAUGUCUUCAAUUGUAAUUGUCUAAAUGGAAAUGUUAAGAUUCAUAUCUGAUUAACAUUUUUAAUAAUAACUUAGAGGAGAUUUUAACUUUAGUUUAUUUCAAUUAGGUAAAAUUAUUGCACCAAAUUCUCUUGUCUGAAGUUUAUUCAGGGGUGAUUUCCCUGCUGUGUGUAUAAAAUCAAGCUCUUAUUUUACUGAUGCAUAGGGCCUAGCGGGUCAAGACUAGGCGUAUGCUGUCAGGUAAAUAAGGAAUUACGCCAAUCAGAUUCCCCCAAUCCAAGAAGCCAUGCCAUUUUACUUUUAGAAACAGAAGUGGGCCCAAUAUGGGAAUUUUCAUAGUAGUGUGUACAUUUGUCAGCCAACAUUAAAACGUAACCAACUCCUCAGGUAUUUGUAGUUUACCCUAAUGCUUCUAGAAAGAAAGUAGGUAUAAAAGAAAGGGUAGUUAAUCUUUCUUAUGCAAGCUUUUUUCUGAUGCUUAGUUCCUCUUUCUUUUUUUCACUUCAGUAGCAUCCUCCACACAUGUGUGUGCCUGAUUUAAGAGGAAGCAGGGCACCAGUGAGUUUAGCCUUUAAGUUUCUGUGUUUUGGUUUGCAGAUUAAGUAAUGUUGGGAGGAAUGAAGAGGGGACAAAAGCACGGAGCAUAAAGCACUGGAAAUGUGGUGCUUGGGGUGCUGCCCUGGAGGCACGUCAGCGGCUUAGGGUUAAAGGGCCAUUUUAUUCAGAUGCUUGCUACAAAAUCUGAAACUGCAGGUGCUCUCCUCCCUGGCAAUCCAUUGAGUAUCCAGAAUUCUACAAUGUUUAACUGAAGAAUUGGUUCAUGUUUUGAUCCUCAAGUGUGAACGUUCUUUUUGUUUGGGGGUAGCUUUGGGGGUUUUUGUUUUAUUUUUUAAUUCCUAAAUCUUACCAGAUAUGAAUGGCUAAUAUUCCAUUGUUUUGCUUAUUGUAAUGGUGAAUGCUUUAAGAAAAAAAGUGUAAUUUGCUAAGAAUAAUUCAUUGAUCUGUUUAUGCGAUAACUCCUUUUUGUUACGAUUUUUUUAAAAAAAAGCUAUUUUUGUUAAUGUAAAGUAAAUAUUUCAGAGCAAUUUUUUAAACUUAUUGCACUAAAUACAGGCUCUUUAAAAAGAAAAAGCCUGAGCAUUUUAUCAUUCCAUGGAGCUCUUUUGAAAGAAAGCAUUGCCUCCUACCAGAAUUAGCAAAUUAAACAGGUAUUAUGACAAUGCAUACAAUUAAUGUCACUAGGGCUUAUUAAGCAGCUGCUUGCUAAUGUGCUUCCUUUCAAAGGGUUGGACCUUUCAAUUGCUGCAAAAGGUAAAUUGUAUUUUUCCUUAAGUAUCUGUGUUCUUUAGGUAGGCUAAAAUUUGCAAAAUGCCUUGGUUUCUUUUCAAAGCUCAUGUAAUAUUUCUGACUUUUCAGAAUAUUUGCAAUAAGAGUCUGGAUUUUAAAAAUAACAUAACUAAGAGCUCAUAUCUUAGCAAGAUCUGGGAAACCAACAUUGUGAGAAUAAAUUUUGAAAUAAUAAUUCUCCAGAAGUUAACAUCCAAUGCCUGCUCUCAUCACACAGUGUCACUGUACUCUUAUAACAUAUAAAAGUGGAUUCAGUAUAAUUAUGUAACUACCAGUCAUCCAAAUAGGUGAGAAAGCAAAUCAUAUAAGAAAAUUCAGAAUACCAUUUGUUUCCUAACCACACAGAUGGUGGACAUACAGAAACACUGGAAACUAAAUUUAGAAUUGGCAAAAGUCUGGAAGAUGGGUAUCAAACAGAAGACAUCCCAGAAGUUAGGUCCUUUAGGGGGUGUCCCUCCAAACUGACCUGCUGGAAGUCUUGAACUUGGAGAUUAGAUUCUGCUCACUUGGACAUCCCUGCAUCUUGGACUCUUGCUGCUCCCUGUUCCAUAUGCUCGCAGUCUCAGCUGUUUGGAAGCCACCAGGAAUGCUUUCUAAUUAUCAUUUGCAACUAGAACUGUAAUCAGAAAGAAAUUUUGUAUUUUUGUAUGACUUGAUUGUGUGCCAUUUUAUAUAACAGGUCCUGUUUUACAAAUAAAUUUUGUUUUACUAACA